CUGCUGGCUGCUCGAUUUAAUGCAACCGGUUUAUUUCUUGCAAGUAUGCAGACAAGCAUGUCUCAAAAUAAGUUCCGAGGGGUGGUAAAUUGCGCAGUGCAAGUGGAUGAUAGAUAAAAUGGAAAUCCGAAAAUAAUUUUCGCGGGUGUGUUUUGAAGGCUGGUGUGGGGGCUCGUGUGUUUUUUGCAGAGAAAGUUGAACGCCGUCACCAAGGGCACCUGGACACUGUUAUGGGGUGUGAAUUUCGUUAAGGAAAAUUCUUGCUUCUGGUGGUAUAAAAGUGGUGAAAUCGUUAUCCUUAGCAUCAUUCAACAAGAAUAAGUUCUCCGGUAAAGACAGCUUCAAAAUGGCAUUCAAAUUUGUUCUGUUGGCAACCCUGAUCGCUGCUGCCAGCGCUGGAUUAAUUCCAGAGCAUGGAUAUGCUUCUUCACACCAAACCAUCCAACAUCACCAUUCUGCUCCAGUUCAUCAUGUUGCUGCUGUCCAUGCUGCUCCCGUUCAUCACGUGGCUGCCAUUCAUGCUGCUCCAGUCCAUCACGCUAUUGUGAAGGAAGUCGAGCACCACGCCCCAGCCAACUACGAAUUCUCGUAUUCCGUCCAUGACGAACACACCGGAGAUAUCAAGAGCCAGCACGAGACCCGUCACGGAGAUGAAGUCCAUGGACAAUACAGUCUGAUCGAUUCCGAUGGUCACCACCGUAUUGUGGACUACCAUGCUGAUCAUCACUCCGGAUUCAACGCCGUUGUUCGUCGUGAACCAACUCACGUCAAGGUCGCCCAACCCGUGCACAAGGUCAUUGCCCAGCCAGUGCAUAUUGCUACCCAUGCCGUGGCUCCAGUGCAUCAUGCUACCAUUUCCCAUCAUCAUGCUGCUCCAGUUGCUCAUAUCUCCCAUAUUGCUGCUCCAAUUGCCCACAGCGCCCACCAAACCGCUUCUGUGACGCAUCAUGGACUCUCGCAUUAUAGCACAGGUCAUCAUUAUUAGAUUGAAUCUUCCAUGCAUUUACCCAGUCCCACAAUGUAGAUAAUGAAAUAGGCAAUUUCUCUGCUUUGUAUAGUACAAAUAAAGACAAUUCAUAUGAGAAAUCAUA